AGUCCAAAACACUCCUCCAAAUGCGCAUUGCGCACCCUUACCGGUCUCUGAUAUCAGCUGCGACCAACCAUUUCUUCCUCCGUUCUUCUCCUCCUCUUCCUCCCAUUUCAAACCUCUCCAAAGCUCUCAUCCUUUCUCAAUCAAUUUCGUCCGUACGCCGGAGAACCUCCACCGCCUCCAUGGACUCCGUCGAUGUCCCGAUUCAGUCCGAAGAGGACGAGAAAUACGGCUUCCGGCGAAAGGAGAUGUACGAGAGCAGCCUAGCCGGCACCAUGGAGGCCUACGGCCGCCACGUGUUUCUUUGCCACAAGGGCCCCGAGGCCUGGGUCCCGCGCGUCGAGGGUCCCGAGUCCGAUCCGCUCCCCAAGCUCCUCGCCGCCGCUUUCAGAGCUCGCAAGGAUAAUAUCGCCGUCAAGACGAAGCUGACGAUCUGCGAGGGACGCGAUGAGGCCGAUUUUGCGGACGGAGAUGUGCUGAUUUUCCCUGAAAUGAUCAAAUACAGGUGUUUGAGAGAUUCUGAUGUGGAUAGCUUUGUUGAGGACGUCCUUGUGAAUGAAAAGCCAUGGGCUUCUGGAGUUCAGGAGGUUUUGAAGGGUUCCUAUGUAUUUGUCUGCUCCCAUGGUAGCCGAGACAAAAGAUGUGGUGUGUGCGGACCAGUUCUUAUUGCAAAGCUCAACGAGCAGGUUGAUUUGCGGGGACUUGGUGAUCAGGUGUUUGUGAGCGCAUGCUCUCACAUUGGAGGCCAUAAAUAUGCUGGUAACUUGAUUGUCUACAGUCCAGGUCCAGAUGGGAAGAUUGCGGGUCAUUGGUAUGGCUAUGUCACUCCUAAUGACGUGCCUGCAUUGCUUGAUCAGCAUAUUGCAAAAGGCGAGAUUAUAGAACGACUUUGGAGGGGUCAAAUGGGAGUGCCUGCUGAGGAAGUUGAAAAAGCUACUGAACAGAAGCUUCCAAAUGGAGAAGAUGUUAAGAAAAGCGAGAAGCCCCAAGAAAGCGGCAUCCAAGAUAAGACGGAAAACUUUGCAGGCUGUUGCCAGGGUGCUAAUGGUGGGAUUACUUGUUGCAGAGAUGGAAAUCUUGAGAAGAGUGACAACAGUGAAGAAAAGAAGCUAGAAGAAGAAGAGGGGCCUCUGUCCAAACUUACAAGCUGGAUUGGAACACUGGAACAAAGGGAUGUGCUGGCAGCUGCUGCCGUGCUCGGUGCAGUGACGACGGUGGCUGUGGCUUGUGGCUAUUAUAGAAGAUCACGCUAAACAUGUCUUUCAGUUUGCUCGCUAGCCGUGUACCCUGGUUUUUUGUAGGGAGAUGAGAUGCUAGGACAUCAAUAAAAUCAUAUUAUUUUACCUCGACCUUUUAUUAAAGGAUAACUAUAGGUAUAUGUUACAUUAGCAAGCCGAGAUGAAUAACUAUAGGUAUAUGUUACAUUAGCAAGCCGAGAUGAAUAACUAUAGUCUAUCCGUGUCCACAGAUACUCAUUCCCGGUUCUUGUUGUUGGUUUGUCAAAGACUCGAAACUGAAAUUUAUUGCUUGGAAUUUGGAUAAGGGUGAAAGGGUUUGUUUUUGGUAGAUUGCUUUGCUUAUUGUGGCUUUGGCAGACUGGCAAUAGGUGUUACUUCAUCUUAUGGUCCUUUUGUUAAACGAACCAAGUUGAAAUCUUGGCAUGCAUGCAGUAAAAAUAUGUCGGGCUUUUUUGGUGGGAG